AUGCUGGUGUCACUGCCCAUUGGAACUUCCAGAGGAAAGCUAGUCAGUGGCAAAAGAGUGAGGAGAGCACGUUUGUCAGACGGUGCCCAACAAACUGACUUGUUUUUUGAUUUAGCUCGUUAUUUUUGUCUUUUACAGCUACCUGAAGUUUCUGGCAGUAAAGUCGUCAUGGCAGACCUGGGCUGCAAAAAACCCAGUGACUGCACCGUCUCCAGGCUGCUCAGCGUAGUGGAGAGUGAACUCCGGGCUGGCAGAGACAAAGGUGAUCCCACUGAGAAACAGCUCCAGGUUGUCUUAGAGGAUGCGACGCUCUGGCAGAGAUUCCGAGAAGUCACUAAUGAGAUGAUUGUGACCAAGAAUGGCAGGCGAAUGUUCCCUGUUUUGAAGAUCAGCGUGUCAGGCUUGGACCCGAAUGCCAUGUAUUCCUUCCUGCUGGACUUUGCCCCCACUGAUGGCCACCGCUGGAAGUAUGUCAAUGGAGAAUGGGUGCCAGCUGGGAAGCCAGAGCCACCAAACCACAGCUGCGUCUACAUCCACCCAGACUCUCCCAACUUUGGGGCCCAUUGGAUGAAAGCUGCCAUUUCCUUCAGCAAAGUCAAACUUACCAACAAGCUCAAUGGGAGUGGGCAGAUAAUGUUGAACUCCCUGCAUAAAUAUGAGCCCCAGGUACACAUAGUUCGAGUAGGAGGCCCCCACCGGAUGGUGAUGAAUUGUUCCUUUCCUGAGACACAGUUCAUAGCUGUGACUGCCUACCAAAAUGAAGAGAUAACAGCUCUCAAAAUCAAGUAUAAUCCCUUUGCCAAAGCCUUCCUGGAUGCGAAAGAAAGAAACCAUCCCAAGGAUGCUCCAGAAACAGUCUCUGAAGGUCAACAUAUGACAUAUUCUCACUUGGGUGGCUGGGUGAUUUCCAACCCAGAUACAAUGUGUGCAUCAGGAAGCUCUAAUUAUCAGUACACUGGACCUUUGCCUCUGGCAGCUCCACACGCUCCCCACAGCUACGAGCGAUAUUCAGCACUGCGAGGGCAUCGGGCUGCUCCAUACCCACCUUCCUACAUGCAGAGAAAUCAUUCCCCUACAGUUAAUUUGUUGGAGAGCUCCAGCAAUAACCUCCAGGUAUUCUCAGGACAUGACAGCUGGACUUUGCCAUCCUCUCCGCACGCUAAUUUGCUCUCAGCGCCACACACAAAGGGAGCUGCCAGCCCUGGACCCAGCCACUACCCUUGCCUGUGGACAGUGAGCAACAGUGCUGUAAACACUGCCAACCCAGGAAGUGAGGUGAACAGCAGCCCUUCCAGCAUGUUUCUAAGGGGUAAUGUCGCUUUACCCACUGCAUCAUCAGUCCAAAUCCCUCUGCAGGGAAUGGUAUCUGGCAGCAUGGAAACACAAGGGGAAACUGCUCUAGCCAGACUGGCUGACUCUGCGUGGACAUCCUCACACUCCUUCUAAUGGACUGGCAGCUCACGAGGGAACCUCAGCCAAACCAGACUGACACAAAUGGCAAGCGACCCCUUAGAAUUGCAGCUCCGAGUAGGAAUAUGUAUGCAGAAAGCCAACUUCAUCAAACAUAACUUUCCAUAAUGUAUCUCUUGUAUGCCAGCGAAGCCAAAAUGCAUAAUGCAAAGGCAGGAAAUGUUAUGGGAACCAGCUUAUUACUGUAACCUUUACGUGUCAUUCAGAAAGAAUCUUUAUAGUUAGUUUAGCUUCUGUAUCACAUAAAAAAUGGUCAGACAUGGGACUGAGUGAAGCAGAUAUGGCAGCUGGAUGUUUGCUUGUCAUUUUAAAAGUCCUUUCUGUAACUAACGGCUGAGUACUGGGGAAAUUGUGAGCAACUGGUAGUUGGAAGGGACAGUGCUGCUUUAAAGACUUUCUGAAUCUGUCACAUGGAGGUUUUCACAAUACCUGAAACUAAACCCUUCAGGGGGUGAAAUUAGUCUGACACCCUCAUGCCACCUGCAUACAGUAUUCUCUGUCCCCUUCCCUCCUCCAGCUUCUGUUUGCUGUUUGCGUGCUAUAAGGAUAAUGGACAUACUCAAGUCGAGAAAAUGGCUGCAUUGUAGCAGCAGGGUGAAGGGCAUCUAGUUUAGUAUUUAUAGUCUGAUGUAAUGGUCUUUGAAAUGAAAAGUUCAAUGUUUUCUAUAUGUGCUAUUUUUGAAAGGGUGGAGGGAAAAGAAUUAUAGAAAAAAAGAUUUAGCUUGCAUUUCCACUUUGCUUCAGGUAUAGAGUACAAAUAAAAUACAAAUAAAUCAUGUAUUAUCUCCUUAGUGCCUUUCCAAGGUGUAAACACACAUACAGGCUUUUUCUCUUAACAGCCUCUGAGCAAUUUCAAGCAGCUCUGCCAGAAGCACGUUGCCAGGACAUGAAUUUUCUGUUCC